GGCGUGAGGGGGCAGGGCUGGCGCGCGGGUGCGAGCGCGGGUGUGGGCGCGGGGCGGGCGGGGGCUGCGGCCGCGGGGCGCAUGCUCAUUCGCGCCGGUGACGUGCGCGCCGGGAGCAGGGGCAGGAGCCAGCGGGGCCCGGAGGCUCCAGAGGGCGGCGGGCCGGGGAGGAGGAGACUCGGGAAGAGGAGAGCGCAGGCUCCGCCGCGGCCGGGGUGCUCCAGCCGAGCCCAACCCAGCGGGCGGACCGACGGGGAGAGAGAAGGCGCCAGAGCUCGCGCGCGGCCCCGAGCAGCAGCCUCGCCGCCCGCGGAGCGGCCGCCGACGCGCGGGGCCGCGGACCCAGCAUUCGCCGGCCGGGCCGGGCAUGAGCGGCGCGGAGGGGCCGCGGCCGCCCCCUGCACUGCCCGGCGCGCCCAGGCCGUGACCGGAGCAGGGGGCGCGGCCGCACUCGGACCCCGGAGCCCAUGGGCGCGCCGAGCCGGGCGCGGGGGCGCUGAGCGGCGGAGCGGGAGCGGCCGGAGGAGCCAUGGACUGCAGCCUCGUGCGGACGCUCGUGCACAGAUACUGUGCCGGAGAAGAGAAUUGGGUGGACAGCAGGACCAUCUACGUGGGACACAGGGAGCCGCCUCCGGGCGCAGAGGCCUACAUCCCACAGAGAUACCCAGACAACAGGAUCGUCUCGUCCAAGUACACAUUUUGGAACUUUAUACCCAAGAAUUUAUUUGAACAAUUCAGAAGAGUAGCCAACUUUUAUUUCCUUAUCAUAUUUCUGGUGCAGUUGAUUAUUGAUACACCCACAAGUCCAGUGACAAGUGGACUUCCACUCUUCUUCGUCAUUACUGUCACGGCUAUCAAACAGGGUUAUGAAGACUGGCUUCGACAUAAAGCGGACAAUGCCAUGAACCAGUGUCCUGUUCAUUUCAUUCAGCACGGCAAGCUCGUUCGGAAACAAAGUCGAAAGCUGCGAGUUGGGGACAUUGUCAUGGUCAAGGAGGAUGAGACCUUUCCCUGUGACUUGAUCUUCCUUUCCAGCAACCGGGGAGAUGGGACGUGCCACGUCACCACCGCCAGCUUGGACGGAGAAUCCAGCCAUAAAACGCAUUACGCGGUCCAGGACACCAAGGGCUUCCACACGGAGGAGGAUAUCGGCGGACUUCACGCCACCAUCGAGUGUGAGCAGCCCCAGCCCGACCUCUACAAGUUUGUGGGCCGCAUCAACGUUUACAGUGACCUGAACGACCCCGUGGUGAGGCCCUUAGGAUCGGAAAACUUGCUGCUGAGAGGAGCUACACUGAAGAACACCGAGAAAAUCUUUGGUGUGGCAAUUUACACGGGCAUGGAAACCAAGAUGGCAUUAAAUUACCAAUCGAAAUCCCAGAAGCGAUCUGCCGUGGAAAAAUCGAUGAAUGCGUUCCUCAUCGUGUACCUCUGCAUCCUGAUCAGCAAAGCCCUGAUAAACACUGUGCUGAAAUACGUGUGGCAGAGCGAGCCCUUUCGGGAUGAGCCAUGGUAUAAUCAGAAAACAGAGUCGGAAAGACAGAGGAAUCUGUUCCUCAGGGCGUUCACGGACUUCCUGGCCUUCAUGGUCCUCUUUAACUACAUCAUUCCCGUGUCCAUGUACGUCACGGUCGAGAUGCAGAAGUUCCUCGGCUCUUACUUCAUCACCUGGGACGAGGACAUGUUUGACGAGGAGACUGGCGAGGGGCCUCUGGUGAACACGUCAGACCUCAACGAAGAACUGGGACAGGUGGAGUACAUCUUCACAGACAAGACCGGCACCCUCACGGAGAACAACAUGGAGUUCAAGGAGUGCUGCAUCGAAGGCCACGUCUACGUGCCCCACGUCAUCUGCAACGGGCAGGUCCUCCCAGAGUCCUCAGGAAUCGACAUGAUUGACUCGUCCCCCAGCGUCAACGGGAGGGAGCGCGAGGAGCUGUUUUUCCGGGCCCUCUGUCUCUGCCACACCGUCCAGGUGAAAGACGACGACAGCGUGGACGGCCCCAGGAAGUCUCCAGACGGGGGGAAAUCCUGUGUGUACAUCUCAUCCUCGCCUGACGAGGUGGCGCUGGUCGAAGGUGUCCAAAGACUUGGCUUUACCUACCUGAGGCUGAAGGACAAUUACAUGGAGCUAUUAAACAGGGAGAACCACGUCGAAAGGUUUGAAUUGCUGGAAAUUUUGAGUUUUGACUCAGUUAGAAGGAGAAUGAGUGUAAUUGUAAAAUCCGCUACAGGAGAAAUUUAUCUGUUUUGCAAAGGAGCAGAUUCUUCGAUCUUCCCCCGAGUGAUAGAAGGCAAAGUUGACCAGAUCCGAGCCAGAGUGGAGCGGAACGCGGUGGAGGGGCUCCGAACUUUGUGUGUUGCUUAUAAGAGGCUGAUCCAAGAAGAAUAUGAAGGCAUUUGUAAACUGCUGCAGGCUGCCAAAGUGGCCCUUCAAGAUCGAGAGAAAAAGUUAGCAGAAGCCUAUGAGCAAAUAGAGAAAGAUCUUAUUCUGCUUGGUGCCACGGCUGUUGAGGACCGGCUGCAGGAGAAAGCUGCAGACACCAUUGAGGCCCUGCAAAAGGCCGGGAUCAAGGUCUGGGUUCUCACAGGAGACAAGAUGGAGACGGCCGCAGCCACGUGCUAUGCCUGCAAGCUCUUCCGCAGGAACACGCAGCUGCUGGAGCUGACCACCAAGAGGAUCGAGGAGCAGAGCCUGCACGACGUCCUGUUCGAGCUGAGCAAGACGGUCCUGCGCCAUGGCGGGAGCCUGACCAGAGACAACUUCUCAGGACUCUCAGCAGAUAUGCAGGACUACGGCUUGAUUAUCGACGGAGCUGCGCUGUCUCUCAUCAUGAAGCCUCGCGAAGACGGGAGUUCCAGCAACUACAGGGAGCUCUUCCUGGAGAUCUGCCGGAGCUGCAGCGCGGUGCUCUGCUGCCGCAUGGCACCCUUGCAGAAGGCCCAGAUUGUUAAAUUAAUCAAAUUUUCAAAAGAGCACCCAAUCACGUUAGCAGUUGGCGACGGCGCAAAUGAUGUCAGCAUGAUUCUGGAAGCGCAUGUGGGCAUAGGUGUCAUCGGCAAGGAAGGCCGCCAGGCUGCCAGGAACAGCGACUAUGCAAUCCCAAAGUUUAAGCAUUUGAAGAAGAUGCUGCUUGUUCACGGGCAUUUUUAUUACAUUAGGAUAUCUGAGCUCGUGCAGUACUUCUUUUAUAAGAAUGUCUGCUUCAUCUUCCCUCAGUUUUUAUACCAGUUCUUCUGUGGGUUUUCACAACAGACUUUGUACGACACUGCGUGUCUGACCCUCUACAACAUCAGCUUCACCUCCCUCCCCAUCCUCCUGUACAGCCUCAUGGAGCAGCAUAUUGGCAUCGACGUGCUCCAGAGAGACCCGACCCUGUACAGGGACGUCGCCAAGAACGCCCUGCUGCGCUGGCGUGUGUUCAUCUACUGGACGCUCCUGGGACUGUUUGACGCGCUGGUGUUCUUCUUUGGUGCUUAUUUCAUGUUUGAAAAUACAACUGUGACGAGCAACGGGCAGAUAUUUGGAAACUGGACAUUUGGGACGCUGGUAUUCACUGUGAUGGUGUUCACAGUCACACUGAAGCUUGCGUUAGACACACACUACUGGACUUGGAUCAACCAUUUCGUCAUCUGGGGGUCGCUGCUGUUCUACGUCGUCUUUUCACUUCUCUGGGGAGGAGUGAUCUGGCCAUUCCUCAACUACCAGAGGAUGUACUACGUGUUCAUCCAGAUGCUGUCCAGCGGGCCUGCCUGGCUGGCCAUCGUGCUGCUGGUGACCAUCAGCCUCCUUCCUGACGUCCUCAAGAAAGUCCUGUGCCGGCAGCUGUGGCCGACAGCAACAGAGAGAGUCCAGAGGGGCGUGAAGCACAAGGCUCCAGUCCAGGCCGCACAGAGCAGCGACGGGCCCCUCCUGAAGGACCUCCUACGGCGGCCAAGGCGCAGUUAGCUCCACGCUAGAGCCCAGGCUACCAGAGCACCUGUCCCUCGGCCGCCUGGUACAGCUCCCGCUCUCAGCAGGUGACACUCGCGGCCUGGAAGGGGAAGGUGUCCGUGGAGCCCUCACCCACCCUCAGUGGUUCCCGUCACCACGGCAGUUCCAGCCCGAGUCACAGCUGCCCUGGGUCCCGUGUGCAAAUGCUCGUGUGAUGGAUGGUCCUAAGCCUGUGGAGACUGCACACGCCUCUUCCUGCCCCCAGCAGGCAAGGAGGGGGGUCACAGGCCGCCUAGACCCAGCGCUACAGUUGUUGAGCCACACUGGUGGCCCCCGGGCAUUCGGCUCGACUCAGAAGGGACAUCCUGCUGACGCACCCUGUGUGGUGUCGUGCAGAGGCCGUUCCCCCAGGCCCAUGUCUUCAACCACCUACCAUCAUCGGCCUUUGCUGUCGCUGGGAGAGAAGAGCCGUCCAGGCCCCCGUGGUGGCCCACGUGUGGAUACCUGCUGCUGUUUCCUGCUUGCCCGGCCGCCACCCAUGCCGUCCAUAGGGUGAGGUGGAGCCGUGGCGGUGCGUCCUUUCCUCAACAACCCUCCAAUCCUCAUGCUGUGGGAAGGGCCGGGUCACUCGGAUACCGUCAUCCCUGCGGACGCACGGCAUGCCCUGCUCAUCUGGGAGCGGCUUCCCUGUGGUUCAGUCCAGGCCUGUCUGCCCUGUGUGUCGGGGCCCGCUGAGUUUCGGUCUCCCCAUCAUCGCCUCGUGCAGAAAGCAGUGCCAUGUGGGAGGACAAGGCCACGCCAGUGGCUUCCAGCCCUGCAGCACAAGUGCCAGGAUGUCCAUCGGCCACUCACCAGAGCACGGAGCUGUCAGUCCACUGUUACAGGAGCAUGUUGAUUUCGCGGGUGCGAGGGCCAGGAGACAGAUACUUGACUGAUAGGCAGACAUCCUUUGUCCCCGUGGAGGGGUCACCACCAAGGUGGUGUUGGUGCCCUUGAACCUGUCUCGGGCUGAUGGGGGCGGCCCACAGGACAGGGGUGGUUCCCAGCAGGCAGCACCGCACCUCCGCCCGCCUCCCACACUGCAGCUCCGCCCGCCGGGCUCUGCGUCCCCUUGUCCCCACAUCCCCACGUCCCCACGCAGGGCUCUCCUUUGUCUUGGGAUUCUGUCCAGCGCUGCUCUGGGUGGGUUAGCAACCCAAGGGCUGCUGUGAUACAAAGUCCCUGUUGCUCUCUGUACUGGCAUUUCUCUUUCUAGAAAUAAUCUUUGACGUAGCCUUAAUGGUCCUUAAAGAAGACAUUUCACCGUGAGGUUUGGUACUGCUGCCUUUCAGGAAAGUACCAGAUGCUGGAGGAGGAGCCACGCUGGCCACGCCCGCCCGGAGCCAUGCUGGCCACGCCCACCCGGAGCCACGCUGGCCACGCCCGCCCGGAGCCACGCUGGCCACGCCGUCAGACGGGCUCCGGCAGGCGAAACCCAGAGGGUGUUUCCGAGGUGCUCGACGGUAGGUGUUUCUGGAAGCUCAGAUUUCACCAUUUGAUUGUAUAAUCUUUGACCUGUACAAUAUUUGUUUGAACUGAAGGAUAAAUUGGCGGUAAGAACAGUGAACACAGUGGUCGGGAUAAACUACGGUGACAAAUAAACACCACACCAAAGAUGAGGGUCGUGAGCAACCCGCUUGAGCAGACAGCACGGGAGGACUCCACCCUGUCCCGAGGGCCUCCUGCGGCCGCCCUGGCUUGGCAGCCCUGCCCACGCUACCCCCGCAGACGACGGUGUGUGCAUCUUUACAGCCCUUUUUAAGAACCCAAUAUGGGCAUAAAUGUAAUACCUGUAUGGGGGGCAGAUUCUCUGUAUGUUCAGUUAACAAAUUAUUUGUAAUGUAUUUUUUUAGAAAUCUAAAAAUUGCCUUUGCACUGAAGUAUUUUCAUAGCUGUUUAUAUCUCUUUUAUUCAUUUAUUUAACAUAUUGUCUAAUUUUAAAAAUAGGUUUUUAAAGCUUUCAUUUUUAAGUUUAUGUAAUUUUGGCCACUUUACAUUUAGAUUCUGGUGAGAGUUUUGACUGAAUGUUCCAAUCUCUGAUGAAUGUGAAUUUUCAGAUUUGAUUUUAUUCUCUACACACACCUCUUCCUUUCUUGGUAUUUCUGGUGGCAGUGAUUAGUUCAACAGCAUAUUUAAGGUACGAUAAUUUGCUAUACUUUUUCUUUACAAUUUGUUGCAAUUUCCUCUGCUUUCUGUGUUUCAUUGUUAAUUUCCAUCCUUCAGCCUUAAAAAUAGAAGAUUCUCACGUGAAGGUUUAGUAAGCUGGGUCCCAGCUCUGCCUGUGUGGAGAUAGUCACCAUGUACCUCUGACAACAAGUCUUAGUGUGAAAGUCACUAAACUUUUGCACACUCCCAAAUGUCUUUUAAAAAAUUGCUUGGGAAAUUAUUAAAUGAAUGUACCUGAUCAUUUGAAAUCGAUAAGGGGCAUGAGAUAAAAACUAAAAGACUCAGUGAGCGACACUGAGAUAAAAACUAAAGGAUGAGAAGACUCAGUGAGCGACACUGAGAUAAAAACUAAAGGAUGAGAAGACUCAGUGAGCGACACGGCAGGGUCUGCACACAAUUUUCCACCUCACAGUAGUUAGUAUUUACUUGCCUUAAACUAACUUUGAAGCAAGUAAUGUCAACUUUGAGCACUCUGUCGAGUUUUGAAAAUCUUAUUUGCUGCUGCACAGGUUAAUAAAUUAUCAAUUUGUAAUUCAGCAUGUUGGUCAGACACAGUCGCUGAUUCACACCCAGUCCCUGCCACAGACCGUGUCAGACAGGCACAGUGGGCCUGCUGCAUGUGUGUCCCGGGCUCUUGGCUCCACGUUCACUCAUAACCAUGUCCACUUGCAGGCUUGCAUACGGGAACACAUGCAUACACAUGUACAUGUACAUACCACAAACAUGCAAGCUCCUGCACACAUGCAUGCACACAAACAUGUACACAAGUGAGUGACACGUACACACGUGUAUGUACACCAAAGCAUGUGUGACAUACAUGCAGUACAUGCACAUGUGUACACAUACCACAGACACGUGUGCAUCCUUCACACAAUGCAUGUGCACAUACCAUGAAUGGUGUAAGUUCCUACACACGGAUGCGUGAUACAUGCAUGUACAUGUAAGCACACAUAGAAGCUCCUACAGGCUUGCUCACACACACGUGUAUGCACACCAGAGAGACAUAUGAGCUUCUACACCUGUACACAUGCAUACACACACAUGCACAUGUACAUUCACUACAAACAUGCAGGCUCCUGCACACAUGAGCACACAUGCACAUGUACACACCCCAAACACGCACAGGCUCCUACAUGCACAUGCAUGUGUACACCACAGACAUGAGUUCCCAGGCGUAAACACGUGUGCACACACAAUACGUGAGCUCCCACACAUGUACACACCAUAAACAUGCAGGCUCCCGCACACGCCAACACGCACACACGUGUGCACAUGUGCCACAAGCAAGUGCACACUGUCCUGGUGUCCUGCACUGCAUCCUCCUUCCUGAGGGCCCCUGUGAGGAGCCUGUGGCCGGGCAUGGGAAGAUGGGGCUCGUAGCCCACGCCUCCCUGGGAUGCAGAGUCCCCUCCUGGCAGAAUGUCGAGGCUUUGCAGAGCAGACCCGGGGGUGAGGUCGCAGCUUCACUUACACCAGCUGCUCUGUGGGCAGUGCUUGGUGCCCUGGACAAGAUCCUUUCCCCUUCAGGGAGGUCCAGCCCCACAAGCCGAAACUUGCCUUUGGUUCAGCCCUAUACCAGGUGGCCACAGCAGGACUGGCCACGCCCAUGCCGCACCUCAUCCCUGCACACAGGAGCACGGCCAGUCUUCUGCCACGAGCCAGCUGGGAAGGGCCGUGGCCUCCUAAAGCCCCAAUCAACCCAGCCUGUGUCUGAGCAGAUGGGGCGGACAAGCAGGCCACAGCGCCUCGAGGGAGGAGGCCAGAUGCCGCAGCUUCUCCAACAGGGUGACCAUCCGCUUGGCUUGCUGAGCGUUUAAACAAAUGUUUAGACAGGGUGUUGUGACUGCUCUGAGUUAAGCCUUGGCCAGGGGUCCGGUGCCGUAGCAGGAAACCUCCAGCCUUGUUCUUCAGACCACUCAGCUCAUGUGUUUUGCACUGACUAGUAUUGAAUAAUGCAGCCACUUUUAUUUAAUGUUAAUGUUAUUUAUUUGGCAGCUCAGUGUCUAACGGCUUGAUAUGCAGGUCCUUGCAUCCUACAUUUCUUUAGGAAGUUACCCAUUUGUAACUUUAAAAACAGGAAAAAUGUCAGUUGGCAAAUGCAAUCUUUUUUUUUUAAGCUAAAGGCGGGUGAACUGGAAUGAAAAUCUUUCUGAUAUUGUGUCUAUAAGCAGCUUUGACGGGGAUGUGUUAGAAGUGUCAUGAAAGUGUGAUUCUACUUUUGCAGAAAAAAUCUAAAGAUCAAUUUAUAUAGCUUUAUUUUUUACUUUAUCAAAAUAUACAGAAUUUUAAUAUACAUAUAUUGUGUCUGACUUAAAAUUAUAAUGUCUGCGUUACCAUUUAAAAUGUCUAUUCAUUAUGUAAUGUAAUAAAAGAAGGUCUUCAAAAAUGUAUUUAAUAGGAAUGGUAUCCAUAGCUGUCAUCAUCAUCAAUACUGGAGUUUAUUUUUAAAUAAUUAAACAUAGUAGGUGCAUUUAACAUAAAUCAAGCCUCCACGCAGUAACAUUUAACUGAUAAUUCAUUAAUCUGCUUUGAAAAGUUAAAAUAUAAAUUAAACCAAAUCUAACAUUUCUGUAAAGUUUAUUUUGUAUGCUCCUGUUUUUAACUUUUAUUUCUGUAGAUAAACUGACUUGAUAAUAUUAUAUUGGACUUUUCUCUAGAUUAUCUAAGCAGGAGACCUGAAUCUGCUUGCAAUAAAGAAUAAAAAUCUGCUUCAGUUUCUUUAUAAA